AAAUAAUUAGUCUUAUCGAGUGGUCAUACGUCACAAGUAUCAUCACAUAUAAACGUUUACGUGCGAUCUUUGUCGAUAGAGUACUGGCGUACCAGAAACUGGGAACCAUUCAAUACCGAGAGAAGUUACUACAAAGUUGGGUGAAUUCUGAAGAACUCUACCCAUCUUCGUAAAUCUUAAAAUGUUGGAGACACUGGACAGAUGGCUUCUGCAGCUGGGGAUUUUCUCCAGUAUUGUACUAGCUGCAUUGUACGUGUACUUCAAAAUAUCUUACUCCUACUGGGAGAAACGUGGUGUUUUCACUUUAAAACCUAAAGCUCCAUUUGGCAACUUCUCAUACUCCUUGCUAUUUGGAAAAAAUCCUGAAUACGAAGUCACCGAAUUCUACAAGGCCUUUGAGGGCCACAGAAUAGGAGGACUGUAUAGAUUCACUAACCCGUCUCUUCUUGUACGGGAUACUGAUAUUAUGAAAGAUAUCCUCGUUAAAGACUUCAAAAACUACUUCGCGCGAGGACUUAAAUUUGAUGAAGAAUCUGAACCACUAAACGGUCAUCUGUUUUCAAUAUCUGGGCCGAAAUGGAGGAACCUGAGAGUGAAAAUGACCCCAAUAUUUACGUCUGGGAAAAUAAAGACGAUGUUUGGGAGCGUGGUCGAAUGUGGCAAGGAACUGCAUACUUCUCUUCAGAAAAUUGUCAGAAACGGAGAAACAAUUGAAGUAAAGGACUUUUUAGCAAGAUACAGUACAGACGUCAUAUCCUUGUGUGCUUUUGGAAUUCAGUGCAACUGUCUGAAAAACCCGAAUGCUGACUUUCGUAACUGGGGAAGAAAAGUAUUUGAACCGCAUUUUAGACAACGACUGACGUCCAUUCUAAACAUUUUGUAUCCUUCAUUAGUUUACACUUUGAAACUGUCCUUCAUUCCAAAGGAUGUGAGCAACUACUUUCGGAAGAUGGUUAAUGAUACUGUGGAAUAUCGCGAAAAAAAUAACGUGGAGAGAAAUGAUUUCAUGCAGCUGAUGAUACAACUCAAAAACAAAACACUGGGUGCAGUAGAAAAUAAUGAUACGAAUUUCCCGGUGAAAGAAACAGACGAACUGAACAGUAACGCACCAUUUGAAGUAACAAUGGAUGUAAUAGCGGCACAAGCUUUUCUGUUCUUUCUCGCCGGCUUCGAGACGUCAUCAACCACAAUGACUUUCUGCCUGUACGAACUGGCGCUGAAUCCAGAUAUCCAGGAGCGACUCCGGGCUGAAAUCGAUACAGUGCUGGGGAAACAUGGAGGAAACAUCACUUACGAAUCCAUCUUCGAGAUGGAAUAUUUGGACAAAGUAGUAAAUGAAACGUUACGAAAAUACCCCCCAGUGACCGUCCUUACCAGGGAGUGUACAAAGCCAAUCAAACUUCGAGGAACUGACGUCACUUUGGAGAAAGGCGUACAAGUGCUGCUACCUAUAUUAGGGCUUCAUCACGAUCCUAAGUACUACCCUGACCCUGAAAGAUUCGACCCUGAGCGCUUCAGUGAAGAAGAGAAGAAGAAUAGACCGCCGUUUAGCUACCUUCCAUUUGGGGAAGGACCGAGGAUCUGCAUAGGAAUGAGAUUCGGGCUAAUUCAGACCAAAGUCGGGCUCAUUAGUAUUAUUUCGAAUUUCGACGUGCAACCUUCCGAGAAGACCCAAGUACCACUCGCAUAUGAUAAAAAUGCGCUUGUACUAACCUCUGCAGGUGGAAUGUGGCUUAAGUUGGUGAACAGGCAAGACAAGUAACUGAAUCAGACAAGAAAUGACACGAGUCACAGAAGAGUUAAUUCAACAUUUAUACAUAUAUGGGAACAUACGAAAUUUUUAUUGGGUUUAAUUUCAGAAACUCUUCCAUAAGCUGUAAGUUGUUUUCAGAACAACGUUUUGUUCAGUUAAAAGUCAAGUAUUUUUAGAAUAAGAGAUCAUACUUAGUAAUUUUCUCGUACAGCUAAUAUAACAUACCAACUGUAACAAAAUGAAUUGUUCAACAUACUCAUGACAAAUAAAUAUCUAAUUAACGAGAAAACUAAAGCAA